GACGCAGAUCUGAUCUACCUGAUUAUAUUAGGUAUUUCCACAGUCAAUACGGAGUGAACACCUUAUACAGCCAAUAUCAAUUGAAGCUGAUGUUCUCAAGGACAAGAGUCACGUGAUGUAUGAAGGCAAACACAUACACUUCUCGGAGGUGGACAAUAAGCCAUUGUGCUCCUACAGCCCCAAGCUCUGCAAACAACGCAGACUCAAUGGCUAUGCCUUCUGUAUUCGGCAUGUAUUAGAGGACAAGACUGCUCCCUUCAAGCAAUGUGAAUAUGUGGCCAAGUACAACAGUCAGCGAUGCACCAACCCCAUCCCUAAAUCUGAGGACCGCAGAUACUGUAACAGCCACCUGCAAGUGCUUGGCUUUAUCCCCAAAAAGGAGCGGAAGAAGAAGCACGAUGCGUUGGAGGAGCUACGCUCGCGGCCGCACCUGGAGUCCGUGGCCCUCAACAUUACUGUGCCCUCACUGACUCUAAAGACCUCAAACGGCCUGGACGAGCUGCCCCCCUCCCCGCCCUGUGCCCGCCUGUUGCCCGCCCAGGACGGGGAGCUGUUGGACCCCUUUGCUUUUUACGAGGAGGACACGGACGGGGAAGAGAGCCUGAGCCGAAAAGCCUCGGUCGUCAAGAAGAAGCUGCAGAGCCGCCUGGGCCAGAGGCUCCAGCAGCACGACACGGAGCUUCUUCAGGCCGCCAGCGAGCACUUUAGCCCCUCCUCUUCCUCGAUGCCCAGCCAACAGCCACCCUCCCCUCUCACGCCCCACGUUGCCCCGCAACCAGCGGGUCACCUACAGCACCCCCAACACACCAGCCUACCCUCUUAUGUUCUCCAGGGGCCACAACAGAUAUGCAAGCCAGCACCACCUCAGACAGGCUCCUUCGUGUCGCCUGGGCCCCCCGCCAGUUCGACCCCCAGUCAGGUACAGUCCUCUGGUCACCCCCCCUGCAGGAAAGCGGGUCCUCAGACUGCCAUUUCUCAGCCAUCUGCCACCCCGGGCUGCGCCACGCAGCACCACAACCACGUGCUGGUGAUGCGUCCUGCCACCUUCACGCCACCGCCCGCCUGCCUGGGGAGGCUGGAGCGACUGGUUCAGCUCUGUGCUCAGAGACACCGUGACCACGGGGACCUCUUCCCUCAUCUAGGGUUGGACUGGUCUGAGGACAGCGCAGAGGAUGACGACGAGGUCGAGGAGCGGAUACCCCCCUUUCAUUACUCCGGAAGUCUGCUGGAUGGCACCUCGCAAGACCACUCACUGGAAGAUGCGGGCGUCUGUCGGAGGUCGCGGCUGCUUCGCCUCUGCUCGUACCUGAAGGAGAAAUACAAGCAUCUCUGCAGGCAGGAGAGAGCAGCCAUGCGGCAGAAGCGAUACCCCUACGCCUUCCGCAAAGCCCUGCUGCACGCGGCGAGCAAAGACCCAGACUGCACUGGCCAGCUGCUGCAGGAGCUCUGCAAGCUCUCCCGCACCUCCACCAGCAGAACCUCAGCGACACAGAAGGAGCCAGAGACUGUUCUGUGUACGAGCAGCAUAAAGGGCCAAACCUGCAACAACAGAGCUCUGCCAUUCACACGACACUGCUUCCAGCACAUCCUGCUGAAUCGCUCCCAACAGCUCUUCUCCAGCUGCACGGCCAAGUUUGCCGACGGCCAGCAGUGCUCCGUCCCCGUCUUCGACAUCACUCACCAGACACCGCUCUGCGACGAACACGCCAAGAAAAUGGAUAAUUUCCUGCGCGGGGACGGGAACCGGAGAGUUCAGCACCAGCAGCAGCCUCAGCAGAGAAAGCCCCGGAAAAAGACCAAGCCGCCGGCGCUCACGAAGAAACACAAGAAGAAGAGGAGGAGAGGACCGCGCAGGCCACAGAAGCCCAUCCCCCCCGCCCUGCCCCAGGGCAACCUGGGCAUGCCCACCAGCCUGGUACUGCCCGCCCACGCCACCAGCAUCAGGAGUCCUUCGACGCCAGAGCUCAGCGCAGAUGAGCUUCCCGAUGACAUCACCAAUGACAUCGCGGACAUUCCGAACGACCUGGAGCUGAACCAGGAGGAUUUCUCCGAUGUGCUGCCCAGACUCCCAGAUGACCUGCAGGACUUUGACCUGUUUGAAGGUAAGAAUGGGGAGUUGUUGCCCACCACAGAGGAGGCGGAGGAGUUGGUGCGGGCGUUACAGGCCAUGGGUUCCUACCCAGACUCCCUGGUGUGCCUGAGCUCCAUGGGUGAGUUGGCGUCGGCUGACGGCGUGGACCACCGGGGCAUGGCAGUGUUCGCCGGCUCGGCGGUCCAGGCGGGCAGCAUGGGAGACUUGCUGAACGGCCGGAUCGCCGCGGAGAACUUUUCCGGCAUGGAGCUGGAGGAGAACCUGCUGCAGUCGGCCGGAGACCACUUCACGCCCUCGCCGCAGCCCCCCCCGCCGCCGCACCCUCCUCCGCCGGGACACGGCCUGACCUCUUCCGCACCCCCCGCAAACCCCCCGAGCGCCCUGACGGAACGAACGUUUCCCCGCAGCCAGCCGACGCACGGGCUGACUAAACCCGACGCGCCCCACCCGUCGCCGCCCGGCAGCCACUACGGCAGCGAGCACGUGCCAUCCCCCUACAGUGACCACAUGUCCUCCCCCCACACUGGAUCCUUCCAGAAUGAAAGCCCCCUCCUGCUGGAGGUGCCUCUGAGUGGGGUGCCCGCUCCUCCCCGUACCUCCUGGAACAACCUGCCCCUGUCUCUGGCCGACCCCACGCAGUUUGGCAACCUCCUCAUGCCGGAGGGACACCUCAUUUCCACCUCCCUGUCCACGCCCCCCUCCACCACGCACUCUGUCACCCUCCAGCCCACGGCUGCCCUCUCAGUACUGCCCCAGAGUAGCCUUACGGGACUGACCCCUCCCCCGGCGCCCUCCCUCUCGCCCUCCUCCUCCUCCUCCCCCCGCGACCUCCUGAUCUCCGCUCAGCCCAAACUACAGCUCCCGCAAUUCAGCGCUGCCUUCGGCCACCAGUUGGCUUCGCACAGUGGCAUUCCCAAGGACGUGCAGCCUAGUCACAGCUCCACGGCGCCCCCCACUGGAUUCAGCAUCGCCACUGCCACCGCAGCAAGUGCCAAUUGUGUAACGCCCCCUUUUCCUAACAGCGACUGAGAACAGAGCCAUGCGUAAAUCAGCAGUGGACCCACUGACACUCAUUCAUGUGAACACACAAAGCCACAGGGUUCACUUACCAGAAAUAUGCUGUCAUCUGCCAACAUAUUUGGCUUGAUCUUAGGAAACAAAUUCUCCCGGUUAUUGCCCAAAAGGCUGGCCUGCUGAAAUAUCGGCAUGCACUGUUUUGUGGUUAGCAAAUUCCCGAGAUUCUUUGGUAUUACCCUAAACCGUAUGGUUAUGAUAUUAUAAUAAUCAUGUAUUAAGGCUAGCAAACAGUAAUUGGCGGGAGUAUAUAGUCAGUGCAAUAGAAAUCCAAAAGCACCGUGUGUGGGUCCACUGGGCUGGCGUGUGUGUGCGAGAAACCUUUGGGUCUCGGCCGUUAGGAGAA